CGAUCUGCGACUGUUCGGUGCUCGGUCAACAAAACCGGUUAACGCUCGAGCGGUGUUUUUCCAGUCGAGGUUUGUGGGUGGUGUUAGGAAGGGCUAGAACAAGAGUGUAAACACAAUCCAGAUAAACAGUUUGUACAGCUCAAACGUGACGUUAUAUAAAGAGUCCACGUGACCCUGCGCGAGAGGAACGUCUGACGGAACAGCUGACGGAGAGACUGACUGAGGGCGGCUCACCACAGAAACGCUUUUUGGAUCAAAAUAACUGCGCUGUUUCCACUAAGACCGUGUGUUCUUUACCAGAACCAUUUGGAGAGGCCAUGGCUUCGGCGAAAUGCUCGAGAUAUUCCCUGUACUGGGAGGAGACUGAGUGCCUGAGCUACUAUGAGAUGCUGUCCCUCCAUGAGAUCUGUGAAAUCGUGGGCUCCCAACUCACAGAGACUGAUGUCGAGGUUCUGUCCUUUCUCCUCGAUGAAGCUUAUCCUGGAAAACAUCCCCUCGAUCCAGAGGGAUGGACCGAUGAGUUGCCUCCUGGUCCUGAUGGGUCGUCACAGGGUAAUUCUCCAUGUCCUCGGCUUCUGAAAACAUGGCGAAGAAUACAGCCGCAGAAUGAGCCGAGCCCAAUCGCCGGUUGCCACAGACCCAAGAGCGGCGUUGAACUGCUGUUGGAGUUGGAGAGGAGAGGAUACUUGAGCGAAGCAAACCUCAAACCUUUAUUGCAGUUGCUGCGAAUUCUGACACGACAUGAUGUCCUGCCUUUUGUCUCACAAAAGAAAAGAAGAACAGUGUCUCCAGAGCGAGAGAAGGUAGAAUACCAAGCGGUGGAUACCAGAGGGGACACACGAUUCAGCUCAAACACAGAUAUACCAUCCUUUGAAAACACACAAGACCACCAGUGGAGAGCAGGGACUGGCUCUUCUGUGACAACAACCACCCCUCUCCGACGGAAGCGAGGUAGAGGUCACCACUGGAGCAGAAAAUCUAGGGGCAAGCCUGAAAUCCAGCCUCAGCCAACACCCGACAAAGUGACCUGCGAUGUCCGGCUGCGUGUGCGUGCGGAGUAUUCGGAGCACGAGUCGGCCCUUCGUGGAGGAGUUUCUUCUGACAAGCAGCAGCCGUUGGAGAGGCAAUUUGAACUGUUCAGCCGAGCAAGCAUGCUGCUCCGUACCCGUGAUCUGGGCUGUAUUGUUUGUGAUAUCAAGUUCUCGGAACUUGCCAACCUGGAUGCCUUUUGGGCAGACUAUCUGAGCGGGGCACUGCUUGAGGCACUGAAAGGAGUCUUCAUCACAGACUCUUUGAAAAGGGCAGCGGGACAGGAGGGGGUCCGGCUGCUUGUCAGUGUGGAUCAGGAUGACUAUGAAGAGGGCAGGAAACUGUUGCUCAGAAGCCAGACACAUAAUGGGACAAACUGGGCAGCACAAAGUUUGCCCUGAGAAAUGUCAGUUCCACUUAGGACCUUCAACUAUGAUGGAUGAAGAAGAUGUUUUCCCUUUUUAUUUCAUUGCCCAUUGAGUGUUGGUGACCCUGGGAAGGAGAGCCUGUUGGAAGAGUCUAUAUUAAACUGGGCAGCCGUUUUGUUGGACACUGACUGUUUCUGAAGGAAAAAGGAUUCUUGAGUGUUCAGAGGUUAGGUUCAAAUAUAGGGCUGUCUCUCUCUCUCUCUCUCUCUCUCUCUCUCUCUCUCUCUCUCUCUCUCUCUCUCUCUCUAUUGCAGGUCAGUUUAAACAUGGACAAAUGCACACCCAUAGAAAACAAAAGAUGGAAGUUCUGCAUCUGUACCACUUAGUCUUCCACAGGUGGUAUGUGGAUAGAAGUUUUUUUCCCAAAUGUGAUGACAUACAAUAAACCUCUGAAUUCAAGUUAUGUGUUUAACUUUUUGGAAAUUUAAAAUAACCUCUUUGAUAAAAGAUAGGAAUAAUGGGAAUACACAACAAAUAUGUAACCCAAAAGGAUAUACGAAUGAUUAAUAAACAUUCAAAUGUAUAGUUAACAAAAAGAUUAUGUCAGGAUUUUUAUUUUUAUUAUAUCUCCUGUUUGAAAAGGUUUUGAAAGAUUGAAUGGUAACUUAAUUAAGAGUUUGGGCUGGUAACAAUGCUUCAGAUGACCAACUGUACACUUCCACUAUUGGACCGUUUAAUAUGUUGUGUAAUUUAACUGCUCCAGAGUGCUCUGUUGUACUGCUUAUAAGAGUCAACUUAGUUAACUUUGGAAAUCCUUCAAAUCGUACCUGACUGGAACAAAUCAACUCUGCUUUUUUUACAACAAGGAUUUUCUACAGUGUGCACCACUGUGAGAUUACAUGUGUCCCAACAUCUGCUAUUUGUCUCAGAAACAAGCUCAUGGAUUAUCAAUGCCUUUGUAAACUGAUGAUGAAAAAUGAUUGUUAAUUAUAAUUAGAUGACCAAUGAUUUGACACAACUGGAUUAACUUCUAGUCAUGUUUCUGGACUAAAGUGUUCUUAUAAAGAAAGAACAUGUUGACCCUUUUGUUAUAUUUGUACUCUUAUGACAAAAAUGCAAAGAAGAUAAAAGUUCAGUAGUAUUUAGUUGAGAUUCGGUUUGGAACAGUCCUGUCAUGUCACUGAUGUAAGUGAUUUGGGAGUGGAACAUUGAACGCUUUUGUGUUUUCAUGUUUUUGUUUGAAAUGAUAUCUCUUGAUAUUGUUUUGGAGUAUGUACAUUUAUGUAACUAUAUAAUUCUUAAUAAAGUCCUGUCAGAAAAUAA